UUCCCUUAUCAGUUCUCAGAUAAGGUAGAUAAACCCAAGCCCUUACCGAAAACAUUCAUGUCUAAAGGUACCAUAGGAGGCAAUGGGCAUGAAAAUGCCACUUUACUGAGAUUGCUUCCUUUACUUAUAGGAAAUGCAGUGCCUGAGACAAGUGGUCCAUGGGCAGUGCUAAUGGAGCUUAAGGAUUUGGUUGAAUUGGCAAUGUGUCCAUUGUUCACAGAGGAAAUGUUAGAUUAUCUGCGAUGCAAAAUUGACGACCAUAGACAAACACUGAAAGAAGUAUUUCCUGAAUGGAGACUACGACCCAAGCACCAUUACGUUGAGCAUUACGCUGAUCUAAUUAAGUGCUUUGGACCCUUGGUUCAUCUUUGGACUAUGCGGUUUGAGGGGAAGCAUCGCUUUUUUAAAAGGGUAGUGCAUGAUGCUCAGAACUUUAAAAACAUUCUCAGGACUAUGGCAGUCAGACACCAAUACAUGAUUGCUUACCAUCUCAGUUCUGGCUCCUUUUUCAAACCUAAAAUUCAAACAAGUGCUGUUAACUCAGUUUCAGUGUCAUCCCUACCAGACAUUGCUCAAAUGUGCAUCAAAAAGCAAACAGACAGUGAUUCAGUUUUCAGCACCUUGAAAGUCACAGUUGAUGGUACAGAGUAUGCCAAUGGCAUGUUUGUAUCAGUGGGAGAAAGUGGAGGAUUGCCAAAGUUUGCAAAAAUAUUGCAGAUCUACUUGGUAAAUAAUAAGGUUUCUUUCUUCUGUACUGACUAUGACUGUUGGUAUGUGGAACAUCUUCGUUGCUAUGAACUGUGUUCUCCUGUAGUAGGGCAUAGUCAGUCUUUCUACUUGCACUCUCGACUAAAUGACACUGUGACUUUGUGUGCAUACAGAAUUGAAGGACGGUUAUUGCUGACUACAAAAAGGUUCUUACCAGUUACACACAAUGGAGGCAUUUAAAAGCACAUCAGCAAGCACAGUGUCUUGUGCAAUGAUACUGCGUGUUGUUGAAGCAGACCGUGCAAGGAAAGUGAAACUUAGCACACAACCAGCCUCCGUUAGUGCACUUAUUCAAAUUUUAAAAGACCAACUUCAGCUGGACCUUGAGUUUAGUUUACAAUAUGAGGACCCUGAUUUCAAUAAUCAGCUGACUUCCUUGGAUGAUAUAAAUGAGUUGCCUCAAAAGGCAGUGGUCCAUAUCCUGCCAGUGCAAUCAGAUGGCUCCACUACAUCUACUGAAAUUCUAUCAGAUGUGUCGAAUCCUGAACGUUCUAAGAUGUGGCCUCGUGAUUUUCCAAUUCCACAGUUUUCCUAUGAUGUUGAGCUAAGGCUUAGACAGGGAAAUGAUGAAUUUGAGAAGAGCGGAAAGGGUCUAAAGUUGACAAGAGACCAAAAGCAUGACAUUCUGGAGAAGCUUGGCUCAACCAUGUAUGAUUUUAAGGCGUACCCAGACGACAAACAGAUAGGAAAAGUAGCAGAGGCCCUUGUCACAAAGCAUCCUUGUUUGAAGGAGCCAGGCUCUGACACAGGUUGGAAUGGGUGGAAAACCAGUUUAAAGUUCAAGAUGGGCAACUUGAGAAACAAAAUGAGGAAAAUUGGAUGUCUUGAGGUAACUGUUAAUGCUGGGAAAAGAAGUCAAGGCCAUCCUGAGAAUGAACCAUCACAUUCUAAAAUCAAGAAACCAAGACGUUCUGAGGUUAAUUAUUUGCCAAACUUUCCUCAAGGUGAGGAUGAAGCAUCUCUUGAAACAGUUAGACAGGAAAUUGCUGUUGAAGUCCAGAAGACAGAAAAAAAUACUAGUCUCAUCCACAAGAACAUGGAGAAAACUUUUGCUCUGCGACGACAGAACAUUGUUAGCGGAAGCCCAUCUGUGAAUGAGUUUCUGAAUCUCUGGCCUGCACUGCGUAUACCAUCUGAGCUGUUUGCAGAGUACCAACGUGUUACAAAUGAGAAUUUGCCCAACAAAUUCUAUGCACAACUGGACUACCUCCUACCUUGUUUGAUGACCAUUUUAAGGCAAAAAGCAUCCAAGACAGGCAAGACAGCAGAUACCCUGGCUAAUCUUUUGAAAGUUCAUGAUGAGCAGGAACUGCAUGAUGUAAAUUCACGACGGACUACCGUUAUCAGAGGUCUUCCAGUUUUGCUGCGUGACAAAGACAUAGGAUUUUUUAGGACCACCCUGAUUGAUAAUCCUGAAGUACUGACUGAGGAUGCUCCAGUGUCCCUGCUUACAGUUGUUCAUGAAAAUGCUGCUGCUCCAAUCCAUUACGAUCCAGUGAGGGUCUCAGUUGUCCUGGAGAAUGAAGUGGUCACCACCCAUAGCCAACUUCCAGAGGCCUUUCUUGUCUUGUUUGGAUUCAUGUAUGCUCUUCACUUAAAAUAUCCUAAAGGACUUGCCAAAACUUUUGAAUUUGUGCAAAAAGUUUUACUCGGCAUGGAUGACGGAAAACUGUCUCCUAGUGUGCAAACAUUAAAGAAUGAGUUGAUGUAGAGCUACUUUUUUUUUCUCGUUUAAUGAAGGCUGGCACUGGGGCAGUAACUUAAAAACAUGUCAGUACGUGUAGUUUAAACUAUACAGGAGUCACUUACCAGAAUGCACUAUUUUUAUUUCUUUUUAUGAAUGAAGUUUUAUAUGUCUUAAUGUAUGUUUUAAAAAUCAGGAUAUUUAAUUUUGUCAAACUAAAUAAUUUUUUUUGAAGCUCAUGUUUAAACAAAGUUGGUCAUGUAAAAUUCUGUUAAAUAUUUUACAAAAUAAUUCUUCAAAAAUAUUUUUGUUUUGUUAUAAGUCAUACUGGGUUUUAUGCAUUACUUUUUCCUGAAUGUUUUUUUCCCCUGAGAAUUUUCACCCUUUUAAAGGGUUACUUUACAGGUGUCAUGUUGAUUUGUUAUAUCAAAUAGAACACCAUAGAAAGUAUUGUUAUUCUUUUUCAUUGUAUUAACAUUCUGGGCAUACUUUAUUCAUUUUAAAAUAGUGUUUAUUGUAAAUCUGUUACUGACAAACUGUUUUAAAGGUUUUGAGAAAUUUGUAUGUUUAUAGAAGGCAUGUUUAUUGUAAACAUUCAUGUUGGUAUUACCUGUUGGACAUUUUUUGUUUAAAAAUAAAUGUUAAAAAUGG